AUGGCAGGCUUUUCCCAAAAUCCGCUAGAAUACAUUCGGAUGGCUUGUGAUGUCCACUUGGGCUCGAGUCCAAGCAAAGAUGCCGUUGAAAUCUUCCUAGGAAAGUCACCUUGCCUAUUUGUAUGGAUUGAUACCACUGAAGGUAUUGCGAUGGUGGGCGAUGUCUUGCCAGAUAAGCAUAAAGCUGCUGUGGCAUUUCUUGGAGGUCCAUCGGAGGACGAUGGAGAAGCUGGGGGCGCAUCAAAGCCUAUGCAGUGCGUCACUUUGCAGCCAAGUUUGGUCUCUUCCGAUGAAUCCUCCACCGACGAGGACGAAGCAGAUGCAUUUGGCACAUCGCAAUCCACUGUCCUUCACGCACUUCAACUCUACACGCGUCACCUCUUUUUGCCUGCCGUCAAACAAGGUAGCGACACCGCAGUCUUGCAAGAUAAGAUUCGAGAGCUAGAUGUUGCUAUUGGGCAAUCACAGCGUAGUGCAAGGCUACCCCACGUCCAACUCCAAGUUGACGCUGAAAUCGAACUCGUAGCUUCGACGGUUUCUGGAUCCAAGAACUUGGACUGGCAGGAACUCGGAUUGGCCGCCCACCUUACGGAUGAUGAUGCUCUAAAUCGUCUUCAAUCCGGGGUAUCUCAGUGGAUUACGCAAAUUCGGAAGCUCACAGUCCUCCCGAAAACGACGCCAUUUCCGAUGAUUGCAGAAGAAACAAAUGCUGAUCUCGAAGAAAUUGCAUUUUGGAAUCAAUUGCAUCAAGAAUUGCAAAGUAUUCAGCGUCAGCUAGCGAGUCCAGGAGUUGAGGUAACAUUGGCACUGCUUAGAGAAGCGAAGCGUUUUGUGGCCACUCUUGCACUGGAGAACAACACUGGGUUGGAACAAGCCGUCAGCUACGCACAGGACGUUGAACACUUCCUGAAGAGCUAUCCUGUGGUAGAGUUCCAAGCAGCAAGAGACUUCGAGAAAAUCUCACAAGUUACGAAUUCAAUUUUUGAUCAUCUACCAAAGAUCCGUCAGUCUCGAUACUAUUCGCUCGAACGAAGUGCUCGCCUCUUGGAGGCGACUACCCUCACUCUUCGACGUGCCAUCGAUGGUAUCUUACAAGAGCAAUACAGCAACUUCUUGUUCAUGGAUUACAAAGAGUACGAGUCAAAAGUGCGAUAUCCCACUCAGGAUAUCUUUGUACAAUUUGAGGAUAGAUGGGAGCAGUUCAAAGACUUCUUCCUUGAGCAAGGACGCCGCCGAAAGAUUGCAAGUCCAGCCAAACUUUUGGACAACAUCGAGCUUCAUCACCUCCCACUUUCGAAUCGUCUCGACCAAAUUCACAACUUUCGGGCUAACCACGAGCGUCUUCGGGAAGUUGUUCUCCAGGUGCUACAAGACGAAGAAGACGAACAAGGUGCCAUUCAAACUGUUGAGUCGACUCCUCGUCAUAUCUUUUCGACUCUCAACGUUCUAGACCUGUCUGCUGGCGGUUCAAAGGCCAUGGAGGCAGCUCUAGAGGAGUACGACAUACAGAUGGAUGCUAUGGAAGAGCGCCUCGCCCGUCUGUUGCGUGACAAGCUAACGGCGUGCCAAGAUGCCGAAGAUAUGUUCCGGGUGUUUGCGAGAUUCAAGCUUCUAUUGACUCGAACUCGCGUUCGUGUUGCCGUGAAAGAGUUUCAGAUGCAACUUAUUGCGACCGUUGCCCAGGCUGUUGAAAAGCUGCAGUCAAAGUUUACUUUGAAAUAUGAGUCCUCGUCAGCUGCUCGAAUCUCUCGCCUUCGUGGUAUCCCUCCGAUUGCAGGAAAAAUUCUUUGGGCAAAGCAAAUGGAACGCCAAGUCAAUGCCUUAAUGGAUCGAAUGGGAAAUGUUCUUGGCCCUAACUGGGGUCAGCACCUUGAGGGACGCCAAUUGAGAAAAUCUGGGGACGAGUUGUUGGCAAAGUUGGAUGCCAAAAGCUUUUUCCGUUCUUGGAUUACGGAAUGGGAGAAGGAGCUUACAAAUCAGGCUAGUUCCAGAUUGCACUCAUUUCCUGUUGUCAUCGAGCUGGAUAGGGAGAACAUGUUGUUUGCAAAGGUGAAUUUUGACGAGAAGUCCGAAUUAUUAUUCAAGGAGAUCAGGCACCUAAAGUGGUUAGGAUUCGAACGUGACGUUCCACGUACUCUGACAAUGGUCAGCGAAGACGCCAUCACUCGAUACCCCUUUGCCAUGGCAAUCAAGACUGCAUUGCGUAGUUAUCAAUCAGUGCGGAGACUCAUAUCUCCUGAAUUGGAACCACUUGUUAUGCCACAGCUUUUGGACGUGCGUGAGAUUGUCUCCGAAGCGUUUGAUGUAAAACUCGAUACUUCGAAGGCGAUUGCCAAGAAACGUCGCAUCCGCUGGGACUCUAGAGAGCUUUCGGAAUGGGUUUCGAGGCUAUCUGAUUCGAUCACAAAGCUUGAAGAACGCGUCGAACAGUUGCUUCAAACAUGCGACAAGGUGGAUGCAGCAUUGAAGUCCUUGGAAAUCGUCGAAUAUGACCCAGCAAAACUCAAAACUGUUAUAGAGAACAUACAGAGAUCGAUUGAUGAAAUGUCUUUGAGUGGAUAUUCUGAUUUAGCAUCCUGGGUGAAGGUGUUGGACGAGAGACUUGCUGUUGUGCUUGCAGCUAGGCUUGAGACAGCGCUUGAGAGCUGGAACUACUUAUUCAGUGAUUCACAACCUGAAGGCAACGAGGAUCCUGAGACAACGAUGCCUAGCAAAAUGGAAACUGUUUCCAUUCCUACAAUCUCAGUCGAAAUUCUUCUUCGCAAUCAAGAGAUUUCAGCAGUUCCUGCUGUACCAACAGUAAGGUCCUUGUUCCUGAACAAGCUCCAUGAUUUCAUUGGCAUUGUGUGCAACUUACCAAGACCUCAAAGCGGGCGUUUCGAGGUCUUCGACAACACUGCAACGGCUUACGUUGGACCUGUCGAUGACGAAAGCUUCGACCGCCUAAUUCACAUGGUCCCAUCAAAGGUUGUAGCCCAGGCUUAUGGGCGAAUUGAAGAACGCAUCGUUGAUAUCGCUGAUUUCAUCGAUCAGUGGUUAGCAUACCAAACCUUGUGGGAUACGCAAGUUUCUGAUGUUGCAGCAUCUGUUGGAACUGAUAUCGAAAAAUGGCAAGCUUUGUUGCUGGAGUCUGCAGAAGCACGUUCAGCACUUGACUUGUCUGCAACUUUUGCGGAGUUUGGGCCUGUUGCAGUCAAAUACAACAAAGUGCAAUCUCAAAUCAACCUAAAGUAUGAUUCGUGGCAAAAGGAACUGCAGUCAUCAUUUGCAACAAUCCUUUCGCAGUGUAUUGCUGACGCUCACGACCGGAUGAUUGAUGCAAAGAGUAAACUCGAGGCUGCGUCAUUGGAAAGCUCAAGUGGAACCGAGAAUAUUGUUAUGGGUGUUUUUUUCAUAGAAGAAAUGAAAGAAAAGAAGCUGUCUUGGAUUGAAGAAAUUGCACGCUUGGAAUCCUCCGAACGUUUGCUGAAGAAGCAACGGCAUCACUUCCGGAGCGAUUGGAUGGAAACGACUAUGGUGAAGGGUCAAUUCGAUCUGAUGCAACAAAUAUUGGAGCGUCGAAGUCAGACUAUGGAGCAGCAGUACCCAUUGCUCCAGGCUCGUAUAUCCGCAGAGGAGAAGUCAGCUGCGAAAAGAGCCCUCGAGCUCAUUUCAGAAUGGGGCAAGGACAAGCCACUAAGAGGCAACAUGCCGCCGUCCGAGGCGAUGGGUAUGCUUGCUAAGUUUGAAUUUAAUUUGAACAAAGCUAAGACACAUCAAGAGAACCUGGUAAAGGCUAAAGAUGCACUCGGUCUAGAACAUACUGCGGAAAGCAACGCCAUUUCCGAAUGCCUUGAGGAACUUUUGGCUUUGAAGGAGGUUUGGGAAGCUGUGAUGAAGCCGCAUGAUAAGUUACAGGAGAUUAAGGAGAUCCCUUGGUCAACAGCUGUAAUGCGCAAGAUCAGACGGGCACUUGAUGAUCUCCUUGCCGAGAUGAGAUCUUUGCCAAACCGUAUUCGACAAUAUGAUGCUUACACCCACAUGCAUGAUCAAGUGAAAGGUUUCAUUAGUGGUCAUAGUGUUCUAUCUGACUUGAAAACAGAAGCGCUCAAGGAUCGCCACUGGAAAACAAUUCUGAAGCGCCUCGGCAUUACAAGUCUCUUUUCUGAACUCACUGUUGGCGAUCUCUGGGACACAGGGGUUUUGGCAAGGAAGAAAGACAUUGAUGAAAUCUUGACUGUCGCACAAGGCGAAAUGGCGCUUGAAGUCUUUUUGGGCCAAGUUCGUGAUCGUUGGAUGAAACAAGAGUUAGAACUGGUCCUUUUUCAAAACCGUGUGCGCUUGAUUCGAGGCUGGGACGAUCUUUUUGCUACUCUAGAUGAUCACAUUGGUGGGUUGGCUUUGAUGAAAAGCUCUCCGUACUAUCGCUCUGUCAGAGAAUUUCAGGAAGAGGGCAAACUUUGGGAAGAUCGGUUGACGAAGCUUCGCGAGGCGUUUGAUGCUUGGAUCGAUGUGCAAAGACGAUGGGUCUAUUUGGAAGGAAUUCUUUUUGGUAGUUCUGACAUCAAAGCCCAGCUCCCCGCAGAGUGGUCACGUUUCAAAAGUGUUGAUUCAGAAUUUAUUACACUGAUGAGACGCAUUGCAGGCCGGCCGUACGCUAUGGAGGUUCUCAAUAUUGAAAAUCUGCAGCGUUCUCUUGAACGGCUAGGCAACCUGAUGGGUGUGAUCCAAAGAGCCCUCGGAGAAUAUUUGGAAAAGCAGCGCCGUGAUUUUUCAAGAUUUUAUUUCUUGGGUGAUGACGAUCUUCUCGAAAUCAUGGGAAAUGGAAAUGAGCCAGUGAAGGUUCUCACACAUGUUUCGAAAAUGUUUGCUGGGAUUGCAGGUGCAAGGUAUAACAGGGAGAACAUGCCAGAGGACAUGAUUGCACGUCUAGAUGCAAUGGUCAGCAAAGAUGGAGAAAUUGUUCCCUUCAACGAGCCCAUCGAGGUUAUGCAGGGCUCUAAAGUGAAACAGUGGCUGAAUGAGCUGGAAGAAAAGAUGAAACUGACGUUGGCGCUUCUUCUCGAACAAGCUGUCUCUGAAGACUCAUCAUCGGGUCUAUCGUUCGGGGAUGAAGACAAGAAACAGUUUGUGGAAUGGGCAACAAAAUUCCCAGCACAAGUGAUGAUUCUUGCAACUCAAAUCAACUGGAGUAUGGGAGUCGACGAGGCGUUACACAGCAAAAACAGCAACGAGUCACUGAAGCAAAAUCUGGCGAAGCUCGAAUGGAAGCUCGAGGUCAUGGCCGAAACUGUGCUCAAGGAAUUGCCACCAGAAUCGCGAAAGAAGUUCGAACAGAUGAUCACUGAAUUGGUUCAUCAAAGAGAUGUAGUAAGGGAUUUGAUGAACGAACAGGUGGAAAGCCCAACAGAUUUCCGCUGGCUGUACCAUCUUCGAUACACAUACAAUCCUUCUGCACCUAAAGUGACUGAGAAGUUGAUGAUUUCUCUUUCUAAUGCCAAGUUUUAUUAUGGUUUCGAGUAUCUAGGAAUUGGAGAGCGACUUGUUCAAACUCCUCUUACAGACAAAGCUUAUUUGACUCUGACCCAAGCGCUACACUUCAGAAUGGGUGGGAGUCCCUUUGGUCCAGCUGGUACUGGUAAGACUGAGACUGUUAAGGCUCUUGGCGCGCAGUUGGGGAGAUUCGUUUUAGUUUUCAAUUGUGACGAGACUUUCGAUUUCAGCGCAAUGGGUCGACUUUUUGCCGGGCUCUGCCAGGUUGGAGCCUGGGGUUGCUUUGAUGAAUUCAACCGAUUGGAAGAAAGAAUUUUAUCAGCUGUCAGUCAGCAAAUCUUAUCUAUUCAACGUGGCCUCCUAGAUCGGCAGUCGCACAUUGACCUUCUUGGACGUUCGAUCAAAUUGAACUCAGACGUUGCAACAUUCAUCACCAUGAAUCCUGGGUAUGCUGGACGAAGCAACCUUCCAGAUAACUUGAAAUCGCUCUUUCGCUCCGUUGCUAUGGUCGUGCCUGACAGAAAGCUGAUUGCGCAAGUCAUGCUUUACAGUCAGGGGAUUGUCACAGCCGAGUUGCUAGCUCCAAAGGUAGUUGAUUUGUUCCUUCUCUGCGAAGAUAGAAUGUCGAAGCAGCGACACUAUGAUUUUGGUCUCCGUGCGCUGAAGACUUUACUCGUGUCUGCUGGAGCGUUGAAACGGCAGGCAAUAGAUGGAAAAGGAGAGCUCGAAGAGGAGUCCUUGGCUGACGAAGAAAGGAAGGCUAUCAUCGUUGGCGCCUGCAACAAUGUCCUUCCAAAAUUGAUUGCUGAAGAUAUGGUGAUUUUCAAGGAUGUGCUUGAGGAAGUGUUCCCUGGCUCAGAAGUAUCCAAGAUGGAUGAUGAGAAAAUCAAGGCUGAAAUGUUGAAGAUUUGUGAAGAGAAGGGUUAUUCUCCUUCUGACAGUUUUGUUCAAAAAGUACUCCAAUUGAACCAAGUCAUAGAAAUGCGACACGGGAUUAUGGUCGUUGGACCUUGUGGUGUGGGCAAGUCUACGGCACUCGAUGUUUUGCUUGAGGCUCUAGAGCGUGUUGACGGCACCAAAGGUGACAUGUACAGAAUUGACCCGAAGGCGAUCAACAAAGAACACUUGUAUGGAAGUCUUGACGGAACAACGUUGGAGUGGACAGAUGGCGUUUUCACUAGUUUACUCAGACGCAUCAUAGAUAAUCAAAAAGGUGAAUCUGAGAGAAGGCAUUGGGUCGUAUUUGAUGGAGAUGUCGACCCAGAAUGGGCAGAGAACUUGAAUAGUGUGCUUGAUGAUAACAAAAUACUGACAUUACCCAGUGGUGAGCGUCUGGGCAUUCCAAACAACAUGAGGAUCAUUCUAGAGGUGGAUAGUCUAGAGUUUGCAACUCCAGCAACUGUGUCGCGAUGUGGCAUGGUAUGGUUCAGCGAGGAUACUGUCACUGCUGAAAUGAGCUUAGAGCACCUCUUGGCGAGGCUGUUGAAAGACGAUCUUACAGGUGAUAGAGGCGGCGACAAAGAGAUCCCAGCCGCCCAAACGCACUUCCUGGAUGCCAUUCGUCCACUUGUACUUUCGGAUUCUUCUCGGUCAGUCGUCUUGGAGGCCUUAGACUUUGCGAUGGGAACUGAUCACGUCAUGGAGCCAAGUCGUGAGCGUUUACUGAAUACGUUCAGGGCUCUGCUCAUUCAAGGCAUUGGUCUUGCUAUCGCCUAUGACGAGAAUCACCCAGAUUUUCCAAUGACUGGGGAUCACAUGGAAAAGUUUGCGAAGGGAUGGCUGCUUCAUUCCCUCAUGUGGGCGUUUGCUGGAAGUUCAUCGUGGGAGAUUCGAAAAAAAUUUGGUGAUUUGCUCUUGCGAGCAAGUGGUGUCAUGCUCCCAAAUGAGGAAUACAGUCUUGUUGACUAUCGUGUCAGAGUGGAAAACGGAGAAUACGAGCUUUGGAGUGAAAGCGUUCCAAGAAUGGAAAUUGAGAGUCACCGAGUUUCCUCAACGGACGUUGUAAUUACAACCACAGACACAGUCAGACAUUCUGAUAUUCUUGGAGCUUGGCUCGAUAGCCGGAUACCGCUUGUCCUCUGUGGUCCCCCUGGAUCUGGUAAAACAAUGACCCUAACAAGUGUUCUUCAAUCUGUGCAGGGAGCUGUGCUUGCAAGCCUGAACUUUUCGAGUCGUACAACACCUGAGAUCAUUCUGAAGGUAUUUCACCAGUACUGCAAGUACGUGCGGAGAGGAAAGGAUAUCAUCCUGGAGCCAGCUGAGAGUCUUGGGGCGCAAAGCUGGUUGGUUGUUUUCUGUGAUGAAAUCAAUCUUCCUGAAGAGGAUUCAUAUGGAACUCAGAAAGUGAUCAUGUUCAUGCGGCAACUCGUUGAACAGGGUGGUUUCUGGCGCGAGGACAACGUGUGGGUUAAGAUCAAUCGAAUUCAAUUUGUUGGCGCUUGUAACCCACCAACAGACGCAGGCCGAGUGGAGAUGUCUCACCGCUUCUUGAGACAUGUUCCUUUGUUGUUGGUUGAUUUCCCUGAGAAGGAUUCCCUGAUGCAAAUUUAUCGAACCUUCAAUGGUGGAAUGAUGAAGUUGUUCCCGAACUUGAAGGGGGAAACUGACCCCAUGACAGAAGCUAUGGUGGAAGUCUACACAGAAAAUCAGAAGAGAUUCAAUCCUAGCAUACAGCCCCAAUACUUCUACUCGCCUAGAGAAUUAAGCAGAUGGGUAAGAGGAAUCUAUGAAGCCAUUGUAAACAUGGAUCAAGGAGUAACAAGAGAAGAGUUAACCAGAAUUUGGGCACACGAAGGUCUUCGGUUGUUCUGCGACCGCUUGGUGCUUGAAGACGACCGUGUUUGGUGCCACAAUAAGAUUGACGAGGUUGCACAGAAGUGGUUUGCAGGUGUUGACUUCGAUGUUGCGUUAAAGCGGCCAUUAUUCUAUACUUCUUGGCUCAGCAAAGAAACGAGAAAAGUUGAGCGUGAGGAAUUGAAAGAGUUCCUCGCUGCCAGAUUGAGAGUUUUCUAUGAAGAGGAGCUAGACGUCCCACUUGUAAUUUUUGAUGAAGUUCUUGAGCAUAUCCUUCGCAUCGACCGAGUUCUCCGUCAGCCAAUGGGCCACUUGCUGCUCUGUGGCGACUCUGGGGCGGGAAAGACUGUUUUGAGUAAAUUCGUUAGCUGGAUGAACGGCUUGAAUAUAUUUCAGAUCAAGGCACACUCGAGGUAUGGAAUGGAUGAUUUCAAUGAAGAUCUUCGAACAGUCAUGAGACGUGUUGGUGUUGAUGGCGAGAAAAUCUGUUUCAUAUUUGACGAGGCCAAUGUCUUAAGUUCUGGCUUUCUCGAGGCCAUGAACGCUUUGCUAGCAAGCGGAGAAGUUCCCGGUCUUUUUGAAGGUGAUGAGUACAACGCUUUGAUGAAUGCUUGUCGUGACAGUGCCGCGCGCGAUGGUGUUAUCCUUGAUAGUGAUGAGGAACUCUAUCGCCGCUUCACCGGUAUUGUUCAGCGCAAUCUGCAUGUUGUUUUUACAAUUAAUCCCAGUGGAGGGGAUUGGAAGAACCGUUCAACUACAAGUCCAGCUCUUUUCAAUCGAUGUGUUGUUGACUGGUUUGGAACAUGGGGAAGUAAGGCAAUGGGUGAAGUUGGAAAAGAGUUCACCUUGAGACUCGAUAUGGGUGAUGCGGAAUCAAUUGGUGGCUCUUGGGGCAUCGGGGAAGGCGAAUCGUUGAUGGAAAGAGUAGCAGCAGUGUUUGAGGGUGCAAAUGAGGGAGGGCUUAGACAAGCAGUUGUAGCAGCACUGGUGGACAUCCACAAGAUCGCAAAGACAACGGCGGAGUCUGCAGCGGCAGAACCAAGCAGUAUCACUCGUACAUACUUGUCCCCUCGAGAUUACCUCACGUUAAUAAAAAACUUCGUGACCUGCUUGAACAAACGCCGAGAAGAAGUCGAAGAUGAGCAGCUUCAUGUGAAUGCCGGCUUAGAAAAGCUGCGACAGACACAAGAAAAUGUUGCCGAAUUGAAGCUGAGUCUCGGAGCAAAGACUAGAGAGCUGAAGGAAAAGGAAACUCUUGCGAACGAAAAACUUCAACAGAUGGUUGCAGAUCAAAACAUUGCAGAGAAGAGAAAAGCAGAGGCUGAAAAGAUGAGUACAGAAGUCAAAAAGCAGCAGAUAGAAAUUGACAAGCGAAAAAGUGAAGCGCAGCGCGAUUUAGAUGAAGCAGAACCAGCCUUGAGAAGCGCUCAACAGAGUGUCCGAGGCAUAAAAAAACGCGACCUGGACGAAGUCCGCAAUCUUGCACGUCCGCCAAAUAAUGUGAAGCUUACAUUGGAGUGUGUUGCAAUUAUGCUUGGAGAAAAAAGGACAGAAUGGACUGAUGUCCGAAAGCUUUUGAGCAAGAGUGAUUUCAUUACCAAUAUUUUGAACUUUGAUGCUGACAAGCUGUCUUCGAAGCAAAUCCAACUGGUGCAAGAGAAGUAUCUUGGGGGCAAUCCUGAGCUUACAACGCAAACCGUGAUGCGGAGUAGCAAAGCUUGUGGACCACUUUAUAUGUGGGCUGAAUCGCAGAUCAAGUAUUCAACCGUCUACAAUCGUAUCCAGCCUCUUCGAGAUGAAGUCGAGCAGCUAGAGAAUGAUUCUACGGUGGUGAAGGAAAAGCUUGAGACGGUAGAAAGUGAAGUCAAUUCACUUGAGACAUCUAUUGCUCAAUACAAGUCUGACUACGCCCUUUUGAUCAGAGACGUCGAAGCUCUGAAAGGAGAAAUGGGAACAGUGACUACAAAGGUUGAUAGGGCAGAGAGUCUUUUGAAAUCACUUGGUCAUGAGAGUGAGCGUUGGCAAAAGAGUUCUGAAGGAUUCCAAACUAUUAUGAGAAGUUUGGUUGGGGACGGUUUGUUGAUGGCUGCGUUCCUUACCUAUGCUGGUUUCUUUGACUUCAAAAUCAGAUCGCUGAUGAUGGCAAAAUGGAAGAACACUCUUGAUAUUCUUGGAAUCGAACAUCGCGAAGAUCUUGGCGUUGUUGAAUCUUUGAGCAAAGCCUCUACUCGGCUUGCCUGGCAAGCAGAAGGGCUUCCUGCCGACCAGUUGAGCCUUGAGAAUGGAGUCAUUUUGGACGAUUGUGUGAGAUUCCCAUUGGUCAUUGAUCCCUCUGGCCAGGCCAUUUCAUUCUUGAUGAAGAAGUACCAAGAUGACAAAAUCCAGAAGACCAGUUUUUUGGAUAAAGCUUUUAUGAAGACACUAGCAGGUGCUGUUCGUUUUGGAACAGCUCUAUUGGUGGAGAAUGUCGAGCAUAUCGAUCCAAUUCUGAAUCCACUUUUGAACAAAGAAUUGCAACGAACAGGCGGCAGGACACUGGUCAGAAUUGGAACAGAAGAGAUUGAUUACAGUCCAAGAUUCAAAAUCAUUUUGAGUACCAAAAAUCCAGCUGUUAAGCUAACACCUGACAUCUGCUCGCGCGUUACGCUGGUGAAUUUCACCGUGACACCUGCAAGUCUACAAAGCCAGAGUUUGAGUCAUGUCGUACGAUGCGAGAAGCCGGAACUUGAAUCCCAACGAGCGUCUUUACUGAAGCUUCAAGGAGAACAAAAUGUCAAGCUCCGAGAGCUCGAAGAUCAGAUGCUCGCAAAGAUCAGUGCAUGUGAAGGGAGUAUCCUCGAUGAUGAUCAAGUUGUUGCUGGUAUGGAAGUACUGAUGAAAGAAGGAUCUCAAGUAGAAGAGCAAAUUGCGCGUAGCGAAGAGGUAAUGACGCAAGUGCAUCUGGCAGUUUCUCGUUUUGAACCAUUUGCAGUUUUCUGUCGAAAGGUUUUCAUUCUGCUUGGAGCACUUCGUGACAUCAACUUCCUAUACGAGUUUAGUUCUACAGCAUUCAUGGUUAUUCUUGAAGAUGUUUUGCAAAAUGCGCAGAAGUCGGGCUCUGAAGAUGAAACAGUGAGAAUUGGAGCCUUGAAACAAGCUUUCUUUAACGAGAUUUGUGCUCGAGUGGCACGUGGGUUGAAGGCUGACGACAAAGUUGUAUUUGCUUUGCUGUUGGGACGUUUGUUCACUGGUGACGAAUCAAUGGGUACACAAGAUGCAAUCUCUCCUAACGUUUAUAUCAAUGAAAUCACUGCUCUUGGGGACGAUUUCCCCUGGCAAGGUCGUGGCCUGAAUGAGCUCAUGAAUGUCACAGAGAAAGAGCUAGGACCAACAGUUCCUCUUAUGUUGUGCAGCGCUCCGGGACACGAUGUUAGUGGGAGAAUCGAAGCCAUGGCCCGAGAGUUCCAGAAAGAACUUUCUUCAAUCGCAAUGGGAAGUUCCGAAGGAUUUGAGAGUGUCGAUUCCCUGUUCAGUGCAGCAUCAAAACGUGGAUCUUGGUUGAUGCUGAAAAAUUGCCACCUGUGCACAGACUGGCUUCAAGAAACGUUCGUGAAGAGGCUGCAGUCCUUGGGGCAGAACACGCACCCUGACUUUCGUCUCUUUAUUACCUGUGAAAUCAAUCCCAAGCUUCCUACCGCUUUAUUGAGAUUGAGUGACACAAUUGUUGCUGAAGCUCCAACUGGUCUCAAGGCAUCCAUCACUAGAUUUUUUUCCAGCAUUUCACAUAAUCGUUUUGACAGUCCUGUCCGAAAUCGACUUUACUUGCUAUUGGCAUGGACCCAUGCUGUCAUUCAAGAAAGGUUGCGCUAUGUCCCACAAGGGUGGUCUGAAAAGUAUGAAUUUACUGAAGCUGAUUCUACUCAUGCAUUGGAUGUAAUUGAUGCUCUUAUCAAGGAUAUGAGUAGUGAGGCUGAUGCACUUGAUCCAGAAAAACUUCCUUGGGAUGCCAUCCGAUCCACUCUCAGAAAGGGUGUCUUCGGUGGUCGUGUGACCCAGCCUGUCGAUCAAGAUGCAUUGGACAAGCUCGUAAACGACCUCUUUGUCCCUGAGAGUUUCAACUUAGGUUUUCAACUUGUGGUUGGUCUACCAGAUGCACCAACAUUGCCAGAGGGAACAUCCAAAGAAGAAUGCUUCUCUUGGAUUGCAUCCCUCACAACACACAGUCCUCCAACUUUUGUCGGUCUUGGUGCAGAUGCAGAGCAGGAGUUGGAAUUUCGCAAAGCGCAGUCCAUCAAAGAAAAGAUUGACCGGGUUGCCGCAAAACAGGCGAAAGAAGAUUCCUAA